UUUGCUUUGUAUCUAAGCGAUACCGUAAUUCAUUGAAAAUGGCGUCCAACAGCGACGAAUACGCUCUCAAUUUGGCAACUUACAAGGCUCAGUUACAGCAGGUGGAAGCAGCCUUAACAAAUGAUCCAGAGAAUGAAGAACUUCUGAAACUUAAGCAUGAUUUAGGGGACGUGAUAGAACUCACAUCAGAUCUCCUCAGAUCAUCGCAAGGAGCCAGUACAUCAGCUGAACCAGAUGCAGAAGAUGUUCCCGUAGUCACACAUCCAUGGAAUGUAGGAGACAGGUGCUUAGCAUGUUGGAGCAAGGAGCAGCAGUAUUACCCUGCAACAAUAGACAAGAUCGAUGAUGAGCUUACAGCCACUGUUAUAUUUGAUGUCUACGAGAAUGUGGAGGUUAAACAGUUAUCCAAAUUGAAGGAUAUACCAGCAGACUACAAGUCAAAUAUAAAACCUCCAUCAUCAGACUCAUCAAUAUCAAAGAAACAGUUGCUUAUCAAACAGCGGGAAUACAAGAAGAAGAAACAGCAGAAGAAAGCUGAUAGGAUGAAGCAACAGGAGCAGCUACAUGAAGACCAGAAGAAAUCAUGGGUUAACUUCAGCAGUAAGGCCACAAAAGGGAAGAAGGGUUUUACCAAGAAGAGCAUCUUUGCUUCUCCCGAUGUCACUGAUGGUAAAGUGGGUGUCGGAACCUGUGGGGUCGGGGGUCAACCGAUGACGAAGUUCAAGAUGCCAAAACACAAUGUUGUGAGAAAAUGAUAGCAGUCAAGGAUAGCUGCUAGGACCAUAGGUUUGAUGGAGUGAGCGUAGGAUUGAAGUGGAAGUGAACAGAAAAAGGAAAUGAUCUACAGAAGGGAUGUGGAUGGACAUGCUGUGAAGAAGAACGAAAUGUAUAGAAUUGGAGAUGAGGGGAGUAGUACCAAUGAAGACUGAACAGAAAGGAGAGGUACAUGAAGGGAGGAAAACCAGAAAGACAAGAUGUUAAGCCUCAGUCACAAAUGCGAUUACGAACUGCUACGAACGCCGUACGAACAAUUUUCAGGCAAUGGAAUUCAGGAAGACAAUGGAAAAACGGAGAUUCGUACGAAAUUAUUGUUCGUACAAAGCUUUGUGACCGUAGCAUUAGAUGAUGUGAACAAACUGAUAUAAACACAGGAAGAAGGCCAAGCUUUGAGAAGGUGAUGUUAGAGACGUGGAAAGAUAGAUGGAGGAGAAGGACGGUAAUAAAUUACUAUGACAAGGAUCACGAAGUUGCAUGCUGCGCAGGAAGUAAUCUUUUGAGAGAAGAAAACAAAGCAUCGAAGAAUAACGGGUUAGAGAAUAGAGAAUUAAACUUAAUGAUAUGAAAUCAUGAAGUCAUUUCUAAAGAGCUUGAAGAAUAUUCUUAAAUGGCAUAUAAAGGCAGUGAGAUUAUGAAACGAGAGAAAGUGGAGUAUCAAAUUGAACCCCAAAAUAAAUUUGAAAGCUUAUGAGAAACAAGACAUAUAGACCGUAUCUAUACAUAUUGUUUCUUUGUCUAAUGUCACGAUAAGUAAACCGAAAUAUGAAAAUUUGGAAAACCAUAGAAAAUUGUCAAGUUAUAACGAAGCCUCAUUGUAUUCCUGCUCGUAUCAAGAGUGCCCUCUACUCUGUUGUUUGUUUGGUUGCUUUUUUCAAACAAUUUUGUAACACGUUUCCGAAGCUACAAGGUAGCUUCCUUGGUGCCAUGGAAUCUGUGAGAAGAGAUGUUCCACUGAAUAUUGAUUAUAAUAAUGCACACUACAUGUAUGUUCAUUAUUAGGCGUAUUUGAGUUGGUCAAGGGAUGGACUCUGCGACCGGACUCUGGUGACUGGUCUGAUCAGCCAGCCUUUAAAGGCAUUUGUUAACAAUGCCAAAUCUGAGAUGCAUGACCCUACGUGUUAUUAGCGUCUGUGAUAUGGUGUAAUAUUGAAGCCCUAAAAAAGUGCGCUUCAAAAUGAUAAAAAAAAAUCAAAAAAAUCUUUGAGGGCCAGUUUCACCAUGCUCAUUUUCCCCUAUAAACUGUAGUGUAAUAAAACCCGUUGGGAAAUCAGUUUGAAAUUUCAAAUUCCUAUCAUAAAUAUCUUGAUAAUCAGACGAGCGAUCGGCUUGUAAACGUAAUUGGGAUUCCUGACUGACCUAAAGAUUAAUAAUUAUGAUUGCAGCAUAAGCUAAAUCCAGGAUUAUGUUUAGGAAUCUUGGACAAAGAUGCCAAAUCCCUUUAAGGGCAUUAACUCGCAUACUGUAAUUAUACCUUGUUUAUUGCUUCUCCAUACACAGUUCAGUCCAAUUAAUUGUAAAGCCCUAUUUUCUAAAUCAAAACAUUACCGACAUUAUGCUUCAGCAUGAGAUCCCAUGUUGAGAGUAAUCACACAUUAACAUCUGCAAAUGUUGUUGAUAUGAUAUUUAUUAAUGUGUAUCCUGUAUCUGGAUUGUAAAUAUAUUGAAUAUAAUAAAUGCAUUGUUUUAAUAUGA